AUGGCGAGCGUGGUGGUGAAGACGAUCUGGCAGUCCAAAGAGAUCCAUGAGGCUGGGGACCCCCCCACGGGGGUCGAGAGUCGCUCCCAGCUGGUCCCCGAGGCUCCUGGGGGUGUGACCAGCCCAGUCAAAGGGAUCUCAAAGAAAAAGAAGGCUGUGUCCUUCCACGGGGUGGAGCCUCGGAUGUCCUAUGAGCCAAUGCACUGCUGCCUGAACCUCAAACGGUCCUCAGCCUGCACCAAUGUGUCCCUGCUCAACCUGGCCGCCAUGGAGCCCACCGACUCCUCGGGGACAGACUCAACCGUGGAAGACAGCAGCCUACUGGCAUUGCCCGUGCCCAUCCCACCCUGGGCUCCAGAUGACCCAGACAUCACGGAAAUACUGAGCUGGGUUAACAGUGGAUUGGUCCACGCCAAAGAUUCCAUCACCAGCUUGAAGGAAAAGACCACCCGGGUUAACCAGCACGUGCAGACGCUGCAGAGUGAGUGUUCUGUGCUGAGUGAGAAUCUAGAGAGAAGGCGGCAAGAGGCGGAAGAACUAGGAGGGUACUGUAGUCAACUCAAGGAGAACUGCCGGAAGGUGACCCGGUCGGUGGAAGAUGCUGAAAUAAAAACCAACGUCCUGAAGCAGAACUCUGCCCUGCUGGAGGAGAAGCUGCGCUACCUCCAGAUGCAGGAUGAGACGCCCAGGAGGCAGGAGGCUGAGCUGCAGGGGCUGGAGCAGAAGCUGGAGGCUGGCCUCUCCCGCCAUGGCAUGGGCCUCGCCACCCAGCCCCCAGGCUGCUCCAGCCCGCCAGGGAGCCCCGACGAAUCCCCGCGACGGCGAGGCCUGGCCCCAGGCGGCUGGGGAAUGGGGCCCCGGGCAGGGGAGGGCCCCAUCGUGAGCGAGCAGGAGUUGCAGAAGGUCUCUGCCUACCUUGAGGAGCUGAGGAGGGAGGUGUCCUCACUGACCGCCCGGUGGCAUCAGGAGGAGGGGGCCGUGCAGGAGGCCCUACGGCUGCUCGGGGGCCUAGGCGGCAGGCUCGACAGCUUCCUGGGCCAGUGGGAGCGAGCGCAGCGCGAGCAGGCGCAGGCCGCGCGGGGCCUGCAGGAGCUGCGGGGCCGGACGGAAGAGCUGUGCACCAUGGUGCAGCGGUCAGCAGUGUCUGUGGCUUCACUGAGAAGCGAACUGGAGGCGCUGGGCCCAGUGAAACCGAUUCUGGAGGAGCUUGGGCGGCACUUUCAGAGCUCUCGUAGAGGGUCUGACCUCUCUAUGAACCUGGAUCGGGCCCCCCAAGGCUCCUGUGCCCGCUGUGCCAGCCAGGGACAGCAGCUGUCCACGGAGUUCUCGCAGCAGCUGCUGGAGCGAGCGCUGACCCUGCUAGUGGACGAGGUGAGGCAGAGGGGCCUGGUUCCUGCCUGCCCCAGCUGCCAGAGGCUACACAAGAAGAUUCUGGAGCUGGAGCGCCAGGCCUUGGCCAAACACGUCAGGGCAGAGGCCCUGAGCUCCACCCUUCGGCUGGCCCAAGACGAAGCCUUGCGGGCCAAGAACCUGCUGCUGACGGACAAGAUGAAGCCGGAGGAGAAGGUGGCCGCUCUGGACUAUCUACACUUGAAGAUGUGCUCUCUCCACGAUCAGCUCAGCAACCUGCCACUCGAGGGGUCCAUGGGGACAAUGGGGGGAGGAAGUGAUGGGGGAACUCCCCCAAAACGUGGGGGCCCAACCCCUGAGCAAUAA